AGUGAAGGAGACUUUCGCGAAAACCAGAACACAUCAGGAAAUGACAACUCCCUGAGGCGCAGAGCUGUGCAGAACAGAGAGCAUGGAAAGGCCAAACAGCAUGAAUAACAGGUCACCAUUGAGGCGGAUUCUCCAGGAAACAAAGAAGAUGAAAAGGAUGAUCAAGAGAUGCAUCAAAAAGGGCAUCUGGAAAGGAUGUAUGGUACAGUUCGGAAUUUUUCUCGGAAACACAAAACCACCCUUCAGUACAUCUUCUGGGGCAUCUUAUUAGCAGGUUACCUGGCUAUGGUGAUCGCCGCGUGUGCCCUCAACUUUCAGAGAGCCGUUCCUCUGUUCGUGAUCACUGUGGCUGCCAUCUUCUUUGUGGUCUGGGAUCACUUUAUGGCCAAAUAUGAGCAUCAAAUUGAGGAGCUCCUGUCUCCUGGCAGAGAGUUUCUGGACGACCAUUGGUCCUGGCUGAAGUGGGUGAUUUGGAGCUCUCUGAUCCUGGGAGUUGUUUUCUGGCUGAUCUUUGACACCGCCAAAUUGGGCCAACGGCAGCUGGUGUCCUUCGGUGGACUCAUAAUGUUCAUUAUCCUGAUGUUCCUAUUUUCCAAGAACCCAACCAAAGUUCGCUGGAGGCCUGUCUUUUGGGGAAUUGGGUUACAGUUUCUUCUUGGGCUCAUAAUACUAAGGACUGGCCCUGGACUUAUGGCUUUUCAGUGGUUGGGCAAACAAGUUGAGACCUUCUUGGAGCACACUGACGCUGGUGCUUCAUUUCUCUUUGGUGAGAACUACAAAGACCACUUCUUGGCAUUUAAGGUCCUGCCAAUGGUGAUUUUUUUUGGCGCCAUCGUGUCCCUGCUCUACUAUCUCAGACUGAUGCAGUGGAUCAUUAGAAAGAUUGGAUGGGUCAUGCUGGUUACUGUGGGAUCAUCUCCUAUUGAAUCUGUAGUUGCUGCUGGCAAUAUAUUCAUCGGACUUACAGAGUCUGCACUGCUGGUCCGACCGUAUUUACCACACGUCACCAAGUCUGAACUCCAUGCAAUCAUGACCGCUGGGUUCUCUACCAUUGCUGGAAGUGUCUUAGGCAUAUACAUUUCUUUUGGGAUUUCACCUGCCCACUUAUUAACUGCCUCAGUUAUGUCAGCUCCCGCUUCAUUGGCUGUGGCUAAACUCUUUUGGCCUGAGACAGAAACACCUAAAAUAACCCUCAAGAAUGCCAUGAAAAUGGGAAUGAGUGAUUCGAGGAAUCUCCUAGACGCAGCAUCACAUGGAGCAUCCUCAUCCAUCUCUGUGGUAGCACACAUCGCUGUGAAUAUGAUUGCCUUCGUGGCCCUGCUGUCUUUUGUGAACUCAGCCCUGUCCUGGUUUGGAAACAUGUUUGACUACCCACAGCUGAGUUUUGAGAUAAUAUGCUCCUACAUCUUCAUGCCCUUUUCCUUGAUGAUGGGAGUGAACUGGCAAGACAGCUUUAUGGUUGCCAAACUCAUAGGUUAUAAGACCUUCUUCAGUGAAUUUGUGGCCUAUGACUACCUCUCAAAAUUGGUGGAUUUAAGGAAACGAUCUGGACCCAAAUUUGUGGAUGGUGUCCAGCAAUAUAUGUCAAUUCAUUCUGAGACAAUUGCCACUUACGCUCUCUGUGGCUUUUCCAAUAUCUGUUCCCUAGGAAUGGUGGUUGGCGCAUUCAUAUCCAUAGCUCCUACCAGAAAGCGUGACAUCGCCUCAGAAGCAGUGAGAGCUCUUAUCGCAGGGAACACUGCCUGCUUCAUAACCGCCUGCAUUGCAGGCAUCCUCUCCAGCACUCCUGUAGACAUCAACUGCCAUCACACAUUAGAGAACGCCUUUGCCUCUGGCUUACUUCAAAACACAACCGAUGUGGUGUCGUGUUGCCAGAGCUUAUUGAGCAGCACUGUUGCCAAGGAUCCCAGGGAGCUCAUCCCAGGAGGAAACCACAGCCUGUAUUUUUUGAAGAGCUGUUGCGAAUUGUUGAAGCCAUCAACACUGAACUGCAGUUGGAUUCCUAAUACAUUUUGAGUUCAGCUACUUCUCCAACAGAACUGUAAGUGCAGAUGCUGAACUUUCCACAUGGGGGAGAAAAAAAAGUUAUUCUCCACAGAUUGAUACAUCCAUCAUAGAAUCAGCUUUA